AUGCCACAGUGGAAUAUUCGUCUUUUACUUUUCGCUAUUCUGGCAAUUAUCAGCAUACAAUGUUUUUUACUAUGUGAAAGUGUCAAUGCCACAGCAAGUCAAUGUCGUGGACCUGCCAAGACCAGUUCAUCAGGAAAAAAACGUACCGUUGUAGUAGCUGCUGCUACAUUGUCUUCUGAUGAAGAUGAAGAUGUAGAAUUAAUUGAGGAUAACAUCAACACUUUAGGACGUGGUGGAGGCGGUGGAGGUUCAAGAGGUGGUGGUGGAUCAUCUUCUGGUGGUGGAGGUGGAUCACGAGGUGGUGGAGCAUCUUCUGGAGGAGGUUCCAGAGGAGGUGGUGGAUCAUCUUCUGGAGGAGGUUCUAGAGGUGGAGGAGCUAGUAGUAGUGGUGGUGGAAGAUCAUCUUCAUCAUCAUCAGCUGGUUCAAGAGGAGGUGCUAGUAGUGGUGGUAGUAGUGGAAGAAGUUCUGUUGGAAGAGGAAGUGGUUCAGUAUCUCGUGGUGGUGCUACUUCUUCUGGAGGAGGUGGUAAAAGAGGAGGUGGAAAAGGAGCUUCACGUGGUGGUGCUGGUACUGGUACUGGUGCUACUUCUGGAUCUGUUGGAAAAUCUGCUUCACGUGGUGUUGGUGGUAAAAGAGGUGGAAAAUCUGCUUCACGUGCUGGUGCUGGUGCUACUGGUGGUAAACCAUCUGGAAAGAGAGGAGCUCUCAGUGGUGGUCGUACAGCUCGUUCCACAUCAAAACAACAAGGUAGAGGAGGAAAAGGUGGUAAAAGAGGUGGUGGAAAUUCUGUUGGAGCCAAAGGAGGUAAAAGAGGAGGAAAAUCAAAUGGUGGAAAGAAAGGCAAAGGUGGAAAAGGAGGUAAAGGUGGAAAAGGAAAAGGAGGUAAAGGAAAAGGUGGAAAAGGUGGAAAAGGUGGAAAAGGUAAAGGAGGUAAAGGAAAAGGUGGAAAAGGUAAAGGUGGAAAGAAAGGAGGCAAAGGUGGAAGAAGAGGUGGAAAAGGUGGUAAAAGAGGUAAAGGAAAGGGUGGAAGAAGAGGUAAAGGUGGUAAAAGAGGUGGAAGAAGAGGUGGCAGAAGAGGAAAGAAAGGUGGUAAGGGAAGAGGAUUGAAAUCUCUCAAUAAGAAAGCUUUCAAUACUUUAAAGAACAAAAAGUAUGGUUUGAAAGCUGAAUUCACACUUGCCAAGAUUGCAGAAGUUAAAAAGGAAUUGAAAGAAAAGGCCAGUGAAGGAGAAAAGAAAACUACCAACGAAGUUAAGAAUUCUUUAUCUUCCACUGCAAAGGGUUUGGUUUCUUCUGCUCCUAGCUCAUUCCACGUUACUGGUCCAUCAGAUUAUCCAAUGCCUGACAGAGCUUCCUUUGCUGGUGUUGAUAACACUCCAUGUGUUGCCUGUCAAUUGGAUUGUUUACAAGAUAUUAGAGGUAACGCAAUAUUCUCUGCUUGUGCUACCAGAUACUUUUACUAUGGUUGUCAAAAGGUUGCUCCAUGCUAUUCUUUGAGAUCUACUGGAACCAUCUUGGAAACAGCUAUUGGUUUGUGUAUUAAGAAGAGUGGUUGCAUUUUGAAGGAUAGAGAGUCAUUGGGUAUUGGCGCAGAGGUUCAUAAUUCUGCCCUUGUUUCAGCCAUUGUCAAUCGUAUUCAAAGCUCUCCAUAAAUUUUACAAAUUUUGUAAUUUAUUC